CUGUUGCAUGAACGCGUCCAUCUGCAGCAGAUAGAAGCUGACGUCAGCUGUGCGAUAAAGGUUUGACCUUUGACCUUGUGACUAACAGGAAGUCAACAAAGAAGAAAGAUGGCUGACUGGAACAGAGGACAUGGUGCAGUGGAUGACAUGUUGGAUGCAGAAAACAAACGUUUGGCCGAAAAUCUGUCCAGUAAAGUCUCCAGAUUAAAAUCGUUGGCACUGGACAUAGACCAAGAUGUAGUGGACCAAAAUUCAUAUCUUGACAGCAUGGACUCCAACUUUAUGAGUGCCACAGGUCUAUUGACGGGGAGUGUAAAAAGGUUUUCCACCAUGGUGCGGUCUGGCAGGGACAAUCGGAAGCUGCUGUGCUAUGUUUCAAUUGGACUGGUCUUAAUUUUCUUUCUGCUUUACUACCUUGUCACCAGGGUGCAGAGUUAGGAUUUUUUUUUCUUCUCCUUUUUUAAAGAUAUAUUUUAAAGGCAAAUAGAUCACUUUCAAUUGCUUGAUUAAAUGAGACAUAUUAAACAGCCAUCCCUGUGAAGCAAACAAAGUUUUUAUAGCCAUUUUGGGAAACACAGAUGCAGAGGGAGAUUUUGAAUAAUAGUGACUCGGUAUAUUAAAACGCCACAGCUGUUCUGCACCGAGCGACCGUUUUCUCCUGGUAAGACUUAAUAUUCAAUAAUUCUUGAGAGGUUCUUAUAAACCAUGUUACCAAAUAGAAGAAUGGCACUUCUGGAGGAUUCAGAAUGCUUUACUGUGUUCCGCACUGCGGAGGUUGGACAGAAACACACACAGGAAACCACGCUGGUUUUGCUUCUCCCUGGCGUUUGUGUAGUGGUGCCUGAAGAAUCAAUAGCUUAGUGGAGGGGUGGGUUAUGGUAAACCUGGUCAUACAUUCUUAAUGUAUUAAACAACUGACACACUUAAACAAAGAGAACUUUGGUAAAUUACUUUUAGAUGAUGUGCACUAAUUAUGUGUUUCAGUUCAGAAAAAAAGUGCAGUUUUACAGCUCAGCUGUAUUGGUGCGAUGGGGUAGUAAUUUUGUAAACAAUAAUGAAUAGAAAUAAUGCCAUUCUUUAACUAUAUAUUCAUCACAUUAUUGUUUUUACUUCUCAUAUAAACAUCACAAAAUAGAGAAAAGACUGUAAGGUCUUUUUUACGAUUGAAAGAUCCUGUUCAUCAAUGAAAUAGAUCCUUAGAUGCCAAUAUUUCAUUCCAGUUACUUUGAGUUCUGGGGAUUGUACUUCUUGAAUUCUUAUUGAUAAAGAUGGCUCUUUAGUAUAUUUCCAUAACUUUUCAUGAGCAUAAUGAAGUACUCUGUGUACACUAUUAUUAGUUAUGAUGUGUAAAUAUGAAACUAAACACAAAUUAGUAAUUCUAUAAUGAAUAUAAAUAUAAACAUUUUUGCAUUGCAAAGAUUUUUCUGAAGGUUUUUUUUUUUUUUUCAAUAUGUAAAUAUUUUCUUUAAAUAUUGUUUUUGCAUCUGACCAAAAUACUAUGCCAUAGCAUAGAAUGUGUAAAAGCAGUGAAACUGAAUAUGGUAUUUAUGGUUUAAUACAGUAACAAGGUUUGGGGUAUUCAUUUUCAUUGGAUUUUGCACCAACAAAUAAACAGAUUUAAUAAAAAUAAAUAAUGUUGAAUAUUUUUUUUAAAUGUGUUUAUCUGCCUUUGCUUUUAAUUGUGUACAAUAAACACAAUGCUGUAAUAAUGCAGGCAUAUUAAAUAGACUUAUUUAUUUAAUGAUAGUACAUCUGCAGCAAUUGUGAAUGUAUUUCUGCUUACUUAAAAUGUGUGUGGUAAUCAUCAUACUUGAGAUACUAGUAUUGAUCACCUUUAUUAUAUUAUACAUACUGUUCACAGAAAGUCUGUGUAUUUUAACACAAUAAAGUUAUACCGGACAAAUCAUAACAUAUUUAAUGUGUAACUCAGGGUUACAAUUACAGUUUAAACCCUUCACAAUGAAAAUUCAUUAGGAACACAGUUUAACACAUUUAUAACAUGGUAUUUAAUAAUCUCUUGUAACAAAAUAUCCUGUACAGUGUAAACACAUUUACAGGUUCAGGCAGCAAUAACUAAUGGUGCCAUAUAUUCUGAGUGUUUAACACCAAAUGUAAAUGCAGGAUGAGUAUACUUAUUGCAGGUCACCUAGGAAAGGAAACAAAACAAGGCAAAGAUCAGAAACUUAUCGCAAGUGUAAAACAUUUGCAUUAUAGAUACAAAUAUACAUCAUUAUUAUUAUUAGUAUUAUUAUUAUUAGUAGUAGUAGUCGCAGUAGUAAUUUGAGCAGUAUUAUUCACUGUACUCCUCAAAAGCAGCUUGCCUUUUCUGUUUUGUAGUCAGCGGGUCCAGGUGUAUUUCCUGAACCACUAGGCAUCCCAGCUUUGCUUGACAUGCUGUACUGAGGGGCGGUGCACUUAUAGACAUUAAGGUUUGUAGUCUUAUAAGUGUUAGGUGAUGGACCCUGGGAAGAAAUGAAAAAAAAAGCUUUUAUAUUGUUUGGAUAGUGUCUUGCAGUUUUAAGAAGCAACAUAGUUGUCUGACAUAAUUGUUUCAUCCAAAUAUAUAAUUGGAAUUUGAUGGUAGAACACCAUAAGCAUGCUCACAAUUGGUUGAAUGUUCUCUUUCUAAAAGUUAAACCUCCUGCACUAUAUCAAAAUAAAAUAAAAACCUGAAUACA